GGGGGUUUGUGUGUGCGCGCGUGCGUGCAUGCGACACACACGUCUAGCUUUGGGCAAUAAACCACUUGAAGGAACGGUGACACAGGGGAACUUUGCUGUGCAUGAACACACACAGAGACAUCUCAAAAACAUGCAUCCUCAUUCUGCCUCUGAACACUGACCCUGAAGCAGCUGACCUCAUCUCUGCUAUAGCAGUUAAACAUCUGCAGCCACACCAUGUCUCUCAAUGAGUCCCUUCCCAUCCGUAGUCUUUUCCAAAAAGACCCGGCGACAACUGUGGACGUUGACGCCAUCAUGGACAACCUCUCCAUCGUCCUCUACACUCUGACUGUCGUGCUCGGCAUCACAGGGAACUUCAUGGUGAUCUGGGUGGCCGGGUUCAAGCUCAAGCCAAAUGUCACAAACGUGUGGCUGGUGAAUUUGGCGAUUGCUGACCUAAUCUUCAGCUUCACGCGGGUCUUCUCCCUCACUAAGAAGCUCUUCUUUGACCACUGGCCCUUCGGCAUCUUCAUCUGCAAGUUCAACGGCUUCUUCAAAUACGCCAACAUGUUCUGCUCCGUCUUCCUGUUGGCUGUGAUCAGUCUGGACCGAGCGCUCUGCGUCUGGCAGCCCGUCUUCACCAAGCGACGCCGCACCCUGUUGGUGGCGAGGGUGGUGGCCGUCUGCGUCUGGAGCACCUCGAUCCUCUUCAGCGCUCCGUACUUCGUCCACCGCCAAGUCUACCUGGGAAAGAACAACGUGAGUAAGUGCUCUUUGGAAGUGAAGGAGGUGAAAGAGGGCAGCAGCACUAAACUGGCUCUCUACUCGAUCCGCUUCCUGUGCGGCUUCAUGUUGCCUUUCAUAGUCAUCCUCAUCUGUUACAUCCUGGCUGGAAUUGGCAUCCGGCGCACCCGCCUGUCCGGGAAGUCCCGCCCCCUGCGCAUAUUAGCAUCAUUAGUUGUCGCCUUCUUUCUGUGCUGGGCGCCGUACCACUGCCUCCUGCUGGUGAAGAUGGUGGACAGUAAGAACGCCGUGCUGAAGAUCUGGCACCCUUUGGCGAAGGGCGUCGCCUACUUUAACAGCUGUGUGAACCCACUGUUGUACUUCUGCAUGGGGCUGGACGUGAGGGGGCGCUUCAGGCAGAGUCUGGCGGGGGUGUACAAGAGAGCUCUGGCAGACGACGUGGAUGGACAGACGUCCCAGUCCAACGAUCGCUCCUUGGAAGAAAGCAGCGGGUCAAAACACAGCACGGCCAUGGUGGCAGGAAGGAGUCAGACAAUACUGGGUGUAGCUGAAGUCUGAGUUUCUUUGAGCAUUUACAAAAACCAUAACAGCUGGAGAGUUCAUUAGUUUUGCAGCAGAAAGCUAAUCUUCUGUCAUUCGUGAUAUUAUGUUGCACACUCGGAUUGACGUCAUCACAUUUCGUAACGUCCGGUGCAAAUCCGCAUGACCCCAUUCUUAAACAAACCAUCAAAGUGCCUUUAUGAAAAUGCUCCUCAAAAUUAGCAAACCUCAAAAAUGAGAACAUUUAGAGUUUUAUUACAGAGAAAUAUUUAGUUUAGUUUCUACAAUCAGAAAUCGUUUGGAUCAAUGUGUUUUGUGUAUUUGUUGAGUUAAAUUUGAUGAAAACUCAUGUCCGAUUUGGUUUGUAUUAUUUAUGACACAAUUUCAAUACUUUUAUUAAUUAUAAUGGUUUAGUGACUCGCAUAACUUUUUAGCUCAAGCACUGAUUUUAGGAAUACAAAGCACUCCGGUGAUAACUCAAUGCAUCGACAGUGCAUGCACAUAACUUGGAGAGAAUCAUCUGGAAUGGCUUUUGAAACCUAAUUCUACAUCUGCCAAAACAACAUUUUCUUAAUCCAUUUCACUUCAUUUGCUGAUCUAUUGAGGUCAAAAUCACAUUUUUCUGUAAAGUUUUGUUUUGAUGCAUGUGAUUAAAUUCUUUUAUAGAAAGUGGAAGUGUGGUGAGUGUGGAGGAAUAGGAAAGAAGGCAGAGGGAAGUGAGACUAUUAAAAGGAAAGCCAGUUAUAACUUGACGCUGUCUUGUGGUCAGAGGUCACAUUGAAGGUUAGUUGAACUGAAAUUGAACAGCAAAACAAUCUGUCACAUGGUUUCUAUGUAUAUUUUUUGUUUUCUAUUAUCAGAAAUGCUCCAAAGGGUUUUAUGAGUGUAACAGUACGCUCGGUUCAGAAGGGGACAGAGCAUUCAUGACUUUCAUGGGACAAAUGCAUCUGGAUAAUAAUAAUAAAAAGGAAGCCCAAAAGCUGCAUAAUGAACAUCAGUCCUUAGCAACCGACCCGUAAAAAACAAUUUACUUUCUCUGUGGAUUACUUACACACGUGCAAUCAGACCUUGAAGUCAAUGCUCUUCAGGU